CUUUCGGCUCUUUUUUUCCCUUUCUCUCUUAUACACUUUUUAACAAAAAAAGACAGAAUGAACAUUCGACGAGGAUCAAUGCUAAUGCCUUUGACAUUUCUCAUCCUGGCUCUCAUUGCCUUGACAGGCAUUGUGUCGGCAGCUGAACCUGGUUUCACAGAGUUUAUCAUGGUGUUCAAAGCGCCCGUGUCCGAUGCCACAUACAGCCAAGCGCGGACCGAUGUCGAAUCUGCAGGCGGACAUGUGAAAUACGAGUAUCGAUCCGCACUUAAGGGAAUGGCAGUUGAACUGCCAGCAAAUGAUGACAGUAGCAGUACGAGUAGUGCAAGCGCGUUCGAAAGCAAGCCUUAUGUGCAGUCCAUGGAACGGAGCCAAGAAGCGCGCGCGAUGUCUUAAGUGGGGUGGUACAACAUGGUCUCUCUCUUUUGUGGCGUCGGGCCUCGUUCCUUUGCAACCAGCCUUGGCAAAUCCGCCACUUAUUUUUACCCUUUUUGUGACAUUUUUGCUUAACCAUUUUGAGUAAAAAAGGCCUCAUUUGAAUAAAAAAAAUAUAUUUCCUGGAAUUACAUUUACA